AGUGGCGGCCGGCAAUACGUCACCUGCAGGCGCCCGCGCGUCCCACCGCCUCAGCGGUAACCGAGGCAACGGCUCCAGGCCCGCCGGCGGCGACUGUUGUCAGGAGCGGAAAAUGGGGGCGGUGUGAGGCUCGGAGCCCCUGGCUGGGCCGGCGGCGAGCGCCGACUGCCUGGAGUCAACCCAGGGACAUGGUGACUGACUUUGAUGAGAAGCAUGACAAACAUUUAGUGUUACUUCAGCAGAGAAAAAGGAUCUUGAAGCGUCUCCAGAAGAAAGACCCCAUCCAGAUUAAACUGGAGCAGCUGGAGCAGGGCUUUACUCUGUAUGUGAACGGAGCCCAUUCAGAGCCGAGCACCUGCUGCAAGAAGGUCAGCUUUCAGCUCGCUUCCAGAAGUGGCGCACGAACAGCAAGGGCAAACGAUACUGGCCCAGGAGCCCCGUUGAGCAGAGGAGACGCCCAAGGGAGGAGCACACAGAGUGCCCCAAGUAACAUCCAGCGCAGAGAAUGGCUCCCGAAAACCGUACAGAUCAAAACAGAGGGUGGAUCUAAGCUGUAUGUGGCCCCUCCAGUGGAGUACUCCGAUGACUUUGAACCUUACGAAAGCCUUGACCAGGAGACAAGCGAUUGUGAGCAAAAUGGCCCUACCCAGAGCCUCAAGUCUCCUAAAGGCCCAGCCUCCAGGGACUCCAUUCCAAAGACAGAAAUAACUGUGGGUGAGGAUGCUGAAAAGGAAGGCCUGCUGCUUAGCCUCAGCAAAGCAAAGGAACUCCAGCAGAGUUUGCAGUUGGAUGUGAGCCAGGAAGCCAUGGUGGAAGACUGGGUGGAUGCUGCCCCACUGGAAUUAUCUGGUGGAGAGGACUCAGACUCUGUGGAAGAGGAGGGGCCUGCUGAACCCUACAUGACCGAAGAGCCAGUGGAAGCUUCCCAGGAGAGUCCUGAGACCUUUAACUGGGCUGCAGCCUCCUCUCCAGUGGCUGGAAGACGCUGUGGCCUGUCUGCUGAUCCUCUCAUUGUGCUGGAAACAAAGGCCAACUCUCCAAGCCUGAAGAAACAACGAGUGCUUUCUGCCAAAAGGAGGGAGAAUGCUGAAUCCUACAUCCCCACCAAGCCUGUGAUGGUUAAAAGCCAAACCGCCCAUCCCCUCUCUGCUGGGUGUCUGAAACAGGAAGGACAGGAAGCAGCCCCUUCCAGGCCAGUCAGCCGCUCAGAAAGGCCACUCUCUGCAACUCGGAAGAUCGUGUGUGAGAAGAAGGACCCGGCACACUCUGCCUCCCUUGUCCUGAAGGCUGUGCAAGUGGAGAACGAGCUUCUCUGCAGGCUCCAGGAAGCGUCUCGGGGCUCCCAGCUGGAGCAGGCAGCCUCAACAGAGUGGCCAUCACCAUCUGCUUCUGCAGCCAGCGACGCUCCUGUGAAGCAACCGGAAGGCAGAGAAGUCUCCACAGCCGUCAACAGGAUCAGCCUCUCAGGAAGCAGGCCACAGAAGAAGCUGCUGAAAGUUCUGCAGGAGAUUGAGAGCCCGUUGGCCUGCUGUGGUCCUGCAGUCCCAGCCCCUGUCCAGCUGGAGCCUGCAGCUCUGGACCAGCUAGAAUUGGGGCGAGAUGUCCGGGAUGCCAUUUAUAUCACCCUGGAGAUUCACUCCAACUGGGGGAGUCCCCUGAGGGUGGGCCUGGCAGAAGUGGAGUUCUUUGACCUGCACAAUGGGAAAGUGUUUGUGUCUCCUCACGAUGUGGACAUCAGGCACACUGACUCACCCGGUGACCUCUGCUGCCUGGUCAACAGGAACCUGCACGUCAGCAAAGACCUUUGCCCUUGGACAUGCCCCUUCCAGCCACCUUUGCAGCUCUACUUCGUACUCCGAAACCCCAGCCUGUCAGGUGACUUUGGGAUAUCCAGGAUUAGGAUUUGGAAUCACUACUCGCUCCUCCUUGGCGAUCUUGAUGUAGGAGCCAGAAAGGUCACUGUCUAUGUGGAUGGAACCCUGGUCUUUGCUGGAGAAUUGCCAAAAAGCUGUGGGACUUUUGAUCCUGAGGACAGCACUACCAUUGAUCUCCGGAAGAGCAGCACCCUUUCUCCUGAAGAAGGGGAAGGGAGGGUUUGGAAUGAGGGGUCGAGUGGGCUGCUGUUAAAUCCAAACUCUCCUGUAGAGGAACCAGUGAUCCCCAUCAGCCUUGUUAAGGUCCAGGAAUGUCCCCCAGUGCCUUCAGACUCCAUUUCCAUGGAAAAUGUCCAGAGCUCUUCCUCUCCAGAGAUCCCAGAAUUUGCCCAUUCUGAGGAUAAACUUUCUCUGAGCGAGCAAAUGGACAAACUCUCAAGCAGAAAAAUGACUCCGAUUCUGCCCUCUUCGUGCACAAAGGAAAAAAGCAAACUCAGCUCCGGUCCAGAAAAGCUGCCUUUGUGGCUUGAAUCAGAGCCUCCUUUGGACUUCAGGGCCCAGCUGCUCCCUGAGGACAGGAGAAAGGUCUCCCUAGAAAUGACGCGUGAGAGCCCCCGCCUCCGUCCAGCUGCAUCUGAGAGAGGCUGCUGCAGUGGGGCUGUGGAUGCUGAGAUGAAGGCACUGACACUGGCAAGGGAGCUGUCUGCUGCUGACUUGGAUUUCCUGAAUCUGCUGUCCCAUAAGCCUAGCGGCCCACCCGAGCAGCUUUCCUCUGGGAGAAAGAGAGGAAAGGAGGACUCCAGCAGUGACUGUGGUGAAGGUGAAGCUCCCCGCAACAGAGAUGAGCCCCCCUCUGCCAAGGGCACCAGGCCCUCCCGAGCCAAGUGGGGCGGUGCCCAGGAGCACACUCUGCAGGAGUCAUGGAAUUCUCUCCUGAAGUUCAACCAUUCCCACCGCGGCCGGAUCUCCAGCAUGGACUUCCAAGGCGAUAUCUUGGAUGAAUUUCUGCAUCAUCAGAAGAUCAGCCAGCAAGGAGGUCAUCUGCUCAAAGCGAAGGAUCCCGGGGCCAUCCUUGCGCCACGACAAGGGGAAAAGUGCCUGGAAUUGGAUGAUGGGAAUGAGUUCAAAAUCCCGGUCUUGCCUUACGGGCAGCAUUUGAGACUCAACAUCCAGUCGACCUGGGGAGACCGGCAUUACGUGGGCCUUAACGGGAUUGAACUGUUUAGCUCUGAAGGAGACCCCAUACAGAUUACCAAGAUCAGAGCCGACCCGCCCGAUAUCAACAUCUUACCUGCUUACGGCAAAGACCCUCGGGUGGUGGCCAAUUUGCUGGAUGGGGUGAACAGAACUCAAGACGAUAUGCAUCUGUGGCUGGCCCCCUUCACCCCUGGCAAGUCCCACUACAUCUCUUUGGACUUUGCAAAGCCUUGUGCGGUCGCCAUGAUUCGCAUCUGGAACUACAACAAAUCUCGCAUUCACUCCUUCCGGGGCGUCAAGGACAUUGCCAUGCUUCUGGACGAGCAGUGUAUCUUCAAAGGCGAAAUUGCCAAGGCUUCUGGGGCCCUCUCUGGAGCUCCGGAACAGUUUGGAGACACCAUUUUGUUCACAACUGAUGACGAUAUUUUGGAGGCCAUGUUCUGUUAUGACGAGACCUACGACGAGGAAGUCAGGAGCGUGAGCAGCCUGCGGUACGAGGAAGAGCUGAAGAGGCCGAGAACUGCCGACGGGGAGGGGGACGAACGGCCCUUCACUCAAGCUGGCUCAAGGGCCAGAGAUCAACAGAGCCAAGAGCAAAGCAUUGUGCCCGAUUCCAUCCCAGAGAUGGUGACCAAGGAACCGGGUGUCUACACCGGAAAGUGCCUUCUACUGAACUUCGCAGCUUCUUGGGGAGACUCGCAUUACCUCGGACUAACGGGGUUUGAAGUGGUCGGAAAGGGUGGACAAGCUGUGCCGUUGACUUUGGAUCAGAUCUCAGCCUCUCCUCAGGACCUGAAUGACCUCGCAGAGUACACGGAGGAUUCCAGGACCUUAGACAAGCUAAUAGACGGGACCAACAUCACGAUGGAAGAUGACCACAUGUGGCUUAUUCCAUUCAGUCCUGGAGAAGAUCACAGACUUAUCGUUCAGUUUGCCCAAGCUGAGGACAUUGCAGGGCUCCGCAUCUGGAACUAUAAUAAAUCUCCAGAGGAUACAUACCGCGGGGCCAAAGUGGUCCACGUGUCACUGGAUGGCUGUUGCAUCUCCCCUCCAGAAGGCUUCCUUAUCCGCAAAGGGCCCGGCAACUGCCACUUUGACUUUGCCCAAGAGAUCCUUUUUGUGGACUACCUGAAGGGCCACCCCAUUGCUCCAGCAUGUGAGAGAAUGGAAGGAAAGAAGACAGAACAAGCCAGCAUGGACUACGAAGCACCCUUGAUGCCUUGUGGCUUCAUCUUCCAGUUACAGCUUCUCACAAGCUGGGGUGAUCCAUAUUAUAUUGGUUUGAAUGGGCUGGAGCUGUACAACGAACAUGGAGAGAGGAUUACUCUCACUGAGAACAACAUUGCGGCUUUCCCAGACAGCGUUAAUAUUCUGGACGGUGUCUGCGGAGACAUCCGGACCCCAGAAAAGCUCAUCGAUGGGGUGAACGAUUCCAAUGAUGGGAGGCACAUGUGGCUGGCACCAAUUCUUCCUGGCCUGGUGAAUCGGGUCUACGUCAUCUUUGAUCUGCCCGUUACAGUCUCCAUGAUCAAGCUGUGGAAUUACGCAAAGACUCCGCACAGGGGUGUCAAGGAAUUUGGACUCCUUGUAGAUGACUUGCUCGUGUAUAAUGGUGUCCUGGGCAUGGUAAGCCACCUGAUCCACGGCAUUCUCCCAACCUGUGAGCCAGUCGUCCCAUAUCACACCAUCAUCUUUACGGACCAUGAGAAGAUCUGUUGCCAGGAGAACAACACCAUCCUCAGCAACCACAUCGAAGAUCAGGACGUGCGGCUGACGGAUGACAACCGGGUGGUCGCCUACUCCAAGAAGAGGCUGGCUGCCGCUGACCCAGCUCUUCGUCCCAAGACCUGCCUGCAAGAGAAAGGAGUCCUGCGUCGGACACGGCAGUGAUGGGGGGGGGGGGGCAGGAGGGGCUCAAACCACACCGGUCAGCUGCCCUCUCUCCCCUGGCUUGCUGGUGCACAAGCCUGGGACCCUGAUGACCUCUGGACAGAGACCUUGCUAGCAUUCCUGUCAGGUUAUUGGAGGUGGGAACAGAAGCACUUUUUAUCAGCUGAAGAUCUAUUAAAUCUAUUGACUGAAACAGA